GGAACAGAAAGUGUCAGCACCUUCCUUUAGCCACCCCUCACAUCUGCCUACACUCCUAAACACACUGGCGACCUGACACCAUGGUCCCACUGUUGCUGGCGUGGAUCCUAAUGAUGGUCCCAAAAUUUGGUUUAAGCCAGAUGCUGACUCAAGAACCAGUCAAGGCUCUUUAUCCUAAAAUCCUGAGCACUGAGACGAUCGAGUGUGACUGUGUUAACAUCAACUGUGACACCGUCUUAUGGUUCCGCAUUAUUCCUCAGCUCAGCAAAGUACAGUUUCUAGCCAAGUGCAACAAUGCUGACCGUAUCUAUUUGGGCUCGAACGAAACACGGUUUAAAUUCAACAAGAGGGGCUCGUCCUUUGUGAUGCGCAUUACGCAGGUGACAGAAGCAGACGCGGGAAUUUAUUCUUGUAUCCUGAGGGACUCAAGAAUGAAUGCAGAGAAGUUCGUCCCUGGAACUCUCCUUCGGCCGGGAGAGACGGCUCCAACAUUGCCCCCAGUCACGAAGAAGAAAGUCAUUCCUCCUCCUGUCUGUCGCUGCAACAAGUCUUCUCCGCGGGAUGGCUGCAGCAACCAGGUUCUGUGGCCGCUGGCGGGGAUAACGGGGGCGCUGGCUCUGGGCAUCCUCUGCACCCUGUAUUACUUCAGCCGGCUGCCCAGAAAAUGUCACCACCAUUUUGUAAAGAAGAGGCCAAUGACCUAAAGGCCUGCAUCUUCGACGAGACUAAACGUGCUGAAACGCUUCACUGGAGCCGUCUGACUGUUGGAGCUCAAAUGACAUGAAGCUCUCUGCUAAAAAUAACCUUUCAUAUCAAAUAAACCUUGACAGCAGCAUUCAGACUGAACAAAGAGCGGUCGUUGAACAUAUUGUGAUAUUUUGACAAGUUUUUUGUGUAUUUUAUAAGGCGGUGCUCUGCUCGGUUUAAAGCCCUGUGCAGUGAUCGUUCACCUAGGAUUUUAAUCACUGAUCAAGAUGAAAAUUCUUCAUUUUUAUCAUUUGUUUUCAUAAUCUUUGAAAUUGCAUUUGAAAUUGUACCCAUAUGCAACAUUCUGCCUUUUAGAGUGUCGUUGAAUUGUGACAAAAUUGCACAUGAUCUUUUGCUCCUGACACAAGCACAACAUCACAGUUUAUGAAUCAAUGCAUCCUAAUGAGUUGUCUAACUGAAAUCCAUUCAUCCACACCAAAGCAUCACAGAGCAGCUGAUCUGAAAUGAUUGCUUUGCACGCUUUUGUAUUUAUUUGUGUUUUUGUAAUGUCAAAAAGUGGUACGUCAACACCUCUAUCGUGGAGUUAAAAUACUGUCAUGUUCAUUUCCUGCGACUG